UCUCACUCAACUCUCAAACUCAAACGCAGCCAAAAACAUCAUUCUAUAUCAACAGAUAUUCGGUUCCUCCUUAAACAACAACAACUUUCAGUUCUAACAACAUUUCUGGACGUUUAAAGUGUUUGUGCAAAUAUGGUGAAAUCAAAUGUGGAAAAAACUGCGGUGGAACGAAGUGAUUCUUCAUUGUAUAGAGGAGUAAGGAAGAGGAAAUGGGGAAAGUAUGUGUCUGAAAUCAGACUACCAAACAGCCGCCAAAGAAUAUGGUUAGGUUCUUACGACUCAGCCGUCAAGGCGGCGCGUGCAUUUGAUGCGGCUAUGUUUUGCUUACGUGGCAGUGGUGCUAAGUUUAAUUUUCCUAAUGAUCCUCCGUACAUUGCCGGAGGAAGAUCCAUGACACAUGCUGAGAUUAAGACCGCUGCAGCUUCUUUUGCUAAUUCGGGUCAACCCGAAAAUACUCCGUUUGAAACACCGUCAUCAUCGGAGGGGACUGCAACAACAUUGUUGUCUAUGGAGUUGUUGUCUCCUGCUCUAUCCGAUGUGACGGUUCAGACAGAUUGUAACUCCAAGGAAAACGGGUUAUUUUCGGACAUGUUUUCAGAAACCGGGUCAGGUUACUCUAUGUUUCCGGGUUUUGAUGAUUUUUGUGGCGAUUUCUACGUGCCGGAGAUGUCAGAUUUUGAUUAUGUAGAAGAGAACAUGGAUGGGUUGGUAAUUCCAGACCUGUUCUUGUGGAAUUUCUAAGAAAUGAUAUUCAAGUUGGUCGGGUUGCGGAUAGUUUUAGUAUAUCCGAAACCGCGACAAGAACCCGGGUCCACAUUGGAUCUACGAGUGCCAAUUCUUAUGGGAGAUAGUCCAGUGUCAAUUUAACACUGAUCAUAAAAAAAAUUACCUUAGUAAUUAAAGUUCCAAUUUUGUUCAUAUGAUUCAUGAAACAUUGUAAAGUGAUGUGAUAAUAAUAUAAUGUUUUUUAAUUUGGCCA